AUGGAUUUCAUGAAACCAGAGACCGUGCUCAACCUUGACAACAUUCGUCAAGCGUUGGUCAGAAUGGAAGACACCAUCGUAUUUGGGUUAAUCGAGAGAUCACAAUUCUACCUGUCACCAUCGGUCUAUGAGGUAGACAAAUUCAGCAUUCCGGACUUCCAUGGUUCCUUCUUGGACUGGGCUUUGUUGCAAAUGGAACAGACCCACUCCCAGAUUAGACGUUACGAAGCGCCUGACGAGACUCCCUUCUUCCCAACCAAAUUGUUGAAGUCCAUUCUUCCACCCAUCAAUUAUCCAAAGGUGCUUGCUUCGUAUUCGGACGAAAUCAACGUCAAUGACGAAAUCAAGGAAUUUUACAUCAAUCAGAUUGUGCCGCAAGUGAGUUGUCACUCUGGCGACCAACAAGAGAACUUGGGGUCGGUGUCUACCAGUGAUAUUGAAUCCUUGCAAGCGAUCUCGAGAAGAAUUCAUUUCGGCAAGUUUGUUGCGGAGGCCAAGUACCAGAGCAACAAGGAAAUGUACAAAAAACUCAUCUUGGCCAAGGAUGUUGCCGGAAUCGAAGCAUCCAUCACCAACUCUGCCGUGGAACAAAAGAUCUUGGAAAGAUUGAUUGAAAAGGGUGAAAGUUACGGCACCGACCCCUCGAUGAAGUUCAGUCAAAACCCACAGAGUAAGGUCAAGCCAGAGUUGAUUGCUCAGUUGUACAAGGACUGGAUUAUUCCUUUGACCAAGAAGGUGGAGAUUGACUAUUUGUUGAGAAGGUUAGAAGAUGAGGAUUAG